AUGCGCGCCGCAUACUUGGAUGCUGUUUCUCUGUUGAUCUCAGAAAGGGUUCCGAACCUUUUCCUCGUGGCAAUUGCCCCUAGACGAAAUCCGCGAGUUCUGCAGCGAACGCCGGCUCUGUGCUUGGGCGGGUCUCUUGGUUCCGCCAGAAAAGCCGCUUUGACUUCUGGGGGAGAAACGAAAAAUGAGAACUCCCAAGAGGCUGGCGACACUUCCAAAGACGAUGUGACCCUUUACCUGCAUUUGUAUGCUGACUUCUUGCCCAAGACCGAUGCAGACUACGACGCCCUGCCCUGGAACGACUGCGACCCCUUCGUAGUAAUCCAUUCUGGCAAUGUCAAGGGACAGAAGUCGUCUUGGACAACGACUGUACAGAACAACCGCCAAAGAGAAGUGGAGUGGGAGUGCAUGACCGUUCAAGUAUGCAAAGAUCGGCGCCGCCGCCGACUGACUUUUGACGUGUUCGACUCGGACACUCCUUUCAUGUUUGGCUCGGGAAUCCUCAAACAGCACGUUGGCAUGGCACAAAUGAACCGUAUACCCCUGAACCGGCCGACGUGGCUGCACAUGUUUGGGGGAGCAAUCCACGGCGCGAGGGAAGAGUACAACACUGCUAUGAUCAAGGGGGCUUUGGAGCCUCCGUCGACUUACCGCGGAAGUCUCUGCGUCCUGGCCGACACAAAACGCACCAGGCGUAGAGACUGGCCCCCCUUUCCUGACCGUGCGGGUGUCCCUGUGCACAUCCAAGUGACCAUCGGCAGGGCGCUCUACCUGCCAGACACAUACAGGGGAUUUUUCUCUCAGCGCCGAGUUUCCAAGCCGGUGCCCCUCACAAGUACCCUCAGCGGCGUCCGCAAGUGCCGCGAAAUGGCUGAAAUCCCGCCAGCAAAUGCAGAUAUUCUCGAGUUUCCUGGAUAUGUAGACAGCAAAGGAGUGCUACGGUUGUACAACUGGACCUCCCCGCGGUCGCAGAUGCACCAGGACACGGCGACGGCAUUCAAAGACGCCAGCACGAGCAACGGGAGAAGAAAUAGCCACUUGGGCGCUGACGGCUCGGAUGCAGAUCCCCUUUGGAAGGACCUCGCUGAACUACCGCUAUCUCUACUGAACGCUUGGGUUUUCCGAGAGUCGGAGGCGGUGUUCCUCCUUCCUCAUGUGCAGCAUGCCUACGUAUAUUUAGUCCCAGUGGGAGAGGAGCAUCAGCCCCCCAAGAUAUUUGGCCGCAUUCCUCUUACUCUGAGUGCCGGGAUCAAGGCCGCUUUGGACAAGCAUGGCGCCACGGGAGAAGCGAACGAAUGGCCACCUCGCGAAGCAUUCGCCAACGACAAACCCGAAAGCGACUCUGAAUUGGAACAAACAAUACCAUCCAAACGCGAAACUGAAGAUAAAAGUUCUCUACAUCCUGCAGUGCCUCAUUGUGAGAAGAUGUCUUGGGAAGCCAGCACACUGCAAGACCAGAACACUGAUGGAGCAUUUGACGACGGCGUCGUCAUCGAGCCGUUGAAGUGGAUCCAGAUGCACUGGGAUCAGUCUGUUACGCCUCUCCCAGAGUGCCGUUUCCCUUCAACUUUUGCUGCUUGUCUCCUCGCCUCCGCCCGGGCGGUUUUAAGCAGUGCGCCUCCCUCGCCUGGCUACGACUCUACUGCGUCAGGGGAUUCCCAAAGCAGCCUCGAUAACCUCAGUCAAGGACACGAUGCAGAAAUAGCCGACUGGGAGGAGAACUAUGGGAGCGUCCCUUUUGAACGGCCGCAGGGACCUAAACACGAAGUUCCCAGGCCCGAGGUUAUUUCGGUGUUUUGCGGAGUUGACACGAGGGAGCGCCGUUGCGGUCACAUAGGGGGUCAUCGAACAUUUCGCUCUCCUCCAGCCUCGGCCAUUCGACCUUCCCCGUUUUACAAAAAAGUGUUUUUCCAUGGAGAUAUUCUGCAGGCGAGGAGUCUGCCCGCUAUGGACAAUGACGCGCUCGUAAAUCCUUGGUGGUCCCUGGAGGUUGAGGGGGAGCUCAUUAAAAUGGUGGAGGAGCAAUGCAUCGACCGGGAAAUGAGUUGCUUAAAGACCAGCUUAAACCCCGCGUUUCUACAGCGGACAGCUGUUCCUGUAUACUUGUACAUUAGUCCUCAUGCAAACGUCGAAACUGUCACAUUGUCAGGUGGACUCCCUCCCUUUACCCAGUUGCUGCUGCCGCCACCCCCCAUAGUGCUGCGUCUUUUUGACAUCGACAUUGAAAAAGGCGGCGAGGUAGCAAAGGAGAUGAUAGCCCUGGCCAUAGAGUGGUCCCCUGCCAAUCUGGAUGAGCGUUACAGAGCGGCCAUACAGAAGUUGAACUCUGAAAGCUCUCGUGAAAGGAUGGGCAACGGAAAGCAGCUGACAGAAUCUGUGACAGACGUUAAUUACGCCCACGAAGCUGUUUGGUACGCUCUUGCAAACAGAGAACAGGCAACGUUCACCGCAGUGGAAGAAAGCAUGGCAAAGAGCCUCGAAUGGGAUGCAAAACCCCGACUGUUGGCAGCUGUUGGUUUUGCCUUGAAUGGGAUUGGGGAAAGCCACAGUCAGCCUCCGAGUAAAAAAUCCCCAAUAGCAGGUCACCGAAGGCAAACAGACGUCGACGACAAGAAAGUAGGGAUAAUCCCCCAGGUUGCGUCCUGGCCAGUGCUUGCUCUGGACAACCCCGCCUACGUGAAAGCUUCGAACUGUCCGCUGUUGAAAUACCACUUUGACGUUGACGUGCUGGGCAUACGGUGUCUUCCGAACUCGCCUGCUCAGCAAGGGGGGUCGGAGCUCGUUCUUCAGGUUUCCGCUUUCUGGCAAGGCAGCGCCAAGGACCUGCAAUUGACUUUGAGUUCCUCUGACUUCCCAGGCCCCAAUGUGGUGGCUCGCUUUAGCGAAACUGAACCGGAUUCGCGGCGAAAGGUGUUUGUGGAGGUCGUCGACGUGAAGGAAGGGAAGAUGUCGCGUCAAGUCUUACUUCCAAUACGCCGCAACGUUGAAUCAAGCACCUCUCCUGGUCAGUGGGUUGGGACGCGCUUGUCUAUAAGUUCCUUCACCACACCAUACUUACCCUACAUUCAGGCGGAACUAGCUCACCUACCACAUCAGGUAGAAAAGACCCAGCAGAAUACAUCUACAAAGACUUGCAAUGGCAUUGACAGAACGGAGGGAGGAUUAAAUGGGGUCUCCUGUAGAAAGCUGGAGUCACAGGGCGCUUACAGCAGUCGUGGUAGCGGGCGCAUUAUGCGCAAUCAUGGUAUAAAGGCAAUUCUACCGGAUAUAUGUUUUCGUCUGGUAAAUAGAGACGGGGAUGAACUGGGUACGUUGUCACUGGCGCUCAAUUCGUUCGUGAAAGUGCCCCAAGGGGAGCACUGCCUCAAGCUGCAGCUCGAGAGUCCACUGUUGGCUCGGCUACCUCCACCACUGAUGGAUGUUGGAAUGAUGGAGCAACGGAGUAUGCCUGACUUGCCGUUUGUGAAUACGGUGGAUGUGGACGUUUUAAUCGAGUGCUUUAGCGAGCACACAGGAGAACUCAUAUACGACUCUGACUGCAAGGCGGGCCGUAUGCUGACGGACCACGACAUGUUUUUUGUCCGCGACCGUGCGGGUCGUGUCCACACCCACGUCUUGAAUGCUGACGACUAUUUUGCCGGCUAUGGCGAGAAAGCUGACCUUCCCUUCGUAGAACCCAUCUUGCAGGCCGACUUAGCUGACCCGGGCCCCACUCCCGUCGAAUAUGCCAAAUUUUUCGGGGAAACACGUCGCUGUAGCCGCCCCGAAAGCGGGAUGGUACAGCUCGGCCCCAAACGGAGGAGUGUAGAGACCUCAAAAACAUUUCGCCCUGAAGAUGAAGGCCACGAAAAACCUCCCAAAAAACAAGAGUGCAAAGUAGUGGCAAACCGGGAAGAUGAUCGUGUCCGGCACGCAACGCGCACGUGGCUACGGAAGCGUGGCCAUGAAGCUUCCCUGGAUGACGAAAGCUCGUGUUUGCUGGCGCGGCUGAUGCUGAUGCGCUCUGAGUACGCCGAAUCGGAGUCCCAAGAGCCGGUGACUGCGGCCAACAAGUAUAUGCCGAGAAAAUUGUUGCCAACGUUCAACAUGGUUAACAUCUUCACAAGGAAAGAAGGUGUGGUGGUUUGGUCGGCUUCACCGAGCGGAGGGGAAGGCCACUUCGGCAGGGCAGGGGAUCUGUUGCUCAUCUUUAUAACGACAGUUGACAAGCAGUACCACCGCAUAUGCGUUCCUAGCCUAGAUAUCCGAUAUCCCCACGAGAAUGCAUUCUACAUCUACGACACAAUCACCCAGAGCUUCGUGGACUUCCAUAGAAUAUGCCUGGAACAGAAGCUAAAGCGCCUCAAGACUCAGCUCAGAGGACGCGAACGGGACAACCUGGCAAGUCACGAACGACCCUCCCCUCGUUGCACAUUCCUUACUGUCUGCGAGGUGGCUAUAGCGUGA